GUAUCGUCCAUAUUGAGCACCACGUGUGACGGUUACUGCUUGUUUCACAUGUAGAACCAGGCGCAUACGCGACAGAAAAUAAAUUAAUGUUUUUUGCUUAAGUUAAAUUUUCUUUCAAAAAUGCUGAUUGGCAAAGAGCUUCCAUGGAGGCGACUCGAAGGCAUGUCAUUUGGCGUGUACUCCUCAGACGAAAUCAGGAAACUAAGUGUGAAAACAAUCACCAACCCAAGGUUCCUGGACAGUGUGGGCAAUCCUGCCACCAACGGGCUGUAUGACUUGUCACUCGGGCCGGCGGACUCCAAAGAGGUGUGCACUACUUGCAUGCAGGACUUCAACAACUGCCCCGGCCACCUGGGGCACGUGGAGCUGCCCCUGCCUGUCUACAACCCCCUCUUCUUCGAUAAACUCUACCUGCUGGUGCGGGGGUCAUGCCUGAGCUGCCACAUGCUCACCUGCCCCAGGGCUGCUAUCCACCUGCUUCUCUACCAGCUGAAGGUGCUGGAGGUGGGGGCACUGCAGGCUGUGGACGAGCUGGAUGCUGAACUCAACCGGUUCCUGGAGGGUAACGCCCAAGCUACCGGUGUAGAGAUCCAGGAGGUGCUGGAGGAUUUUGCUGAUGGGAUCCUCAGGAAUCACAGACAGGGAGACUACCAGUCGCCUGUGAAACACGUCUGUGAGAGAAGGAGCAACCUCAUUACAAACUUCUGGAGGAUGCACAUGAGCUCACGGAGGUGUCCCAACUGCAAAAUGGGCCGAUCACAGGUGCGUAAGGAACAUAACAGCAAGCUGAUCGUCAUGCUGCCUGCGGCCUUGUGCAAGGAGAACAAGAAGAAGGUCGGUCUUGAUCAGAAGAAAACGGAAGUGAUUGAGGAGUCUCAGUUGGGGAAGAGGGGUUACCUAACCCCCAGCACUGCCAAGGAGCAUGUGGUCAAACUGUGGGAAAAGGAAGGUUUCUUCCUGAGGCACCUGUUUUCUGGGCUAGAAAUGUGCAAGAGCUCCAAGUCCACCUUCAGCCCUAAUGCCUUCUUCCUGGAACUCCUGGUUGUCCCUCCGACAAGGUAUAGGCCAAUAAACUGCCUGGGGGACCAGAUGUUCACAAAUGGUCAGACAGUCAACAUGCAGGCAGUGAUGAAGGACUGUGAAGUCAUUAGAAGGCUGCUGGUGCUCAUGGCGGGAGAGAAGGCGCGGUCACUUGCCAAAGGCGAGACAGAGCUGGAGGAGGCACAGGAAAUGGGCCCCAGCAAGAUCGACCAGGACUUCCUAUCUGCGCUCUCAGGCCAGACGCUCAUGGACAAGUUCUACAACAUGUGGAUCCGGCUACAGAGCCAUGUCAACAUUGUGUUUGACAGUGACAUGGACAAGCUCAUGACCGAGAAGUUCCCCGGGAUUCGCCAGAUCCUGGAGAAGAAGGAAGGGCUUUUCCGGAAGCACAUGAUGGGGAAGCGAGUGGACUAUGCAGCACGCUCAGUCAUCUGCCCUGACAUGUACAUAGCAACCAAUGAGAUUGGAAUACCCAUGGUGUUCGCAACAAAGCUAACGUACCCACAGCCUGUGACGCCGUGGAACGUGAAGGAGCUGCGGCAGGCGGUGAUGAACGGGCCCAACGUGCACCCGGGUGCCUCCAUGGUGGUGAACGAGGAUGGCUCACGCACCAUGCUCAGCACCACCAACCCUGCCCAGCGUGAGGCCAUUGCCAAGCAGCUGCUCACGCCAUCCCAGGGCCCACAGAAGAUGCCCAUGAAGAUUGUGAACCGACAUAUUAAGAACGGUGACGUGCUCCUGCUGAACAGGCAGCCCACGCUGCACCGGCCCUCAAUCCAGGCUCACCGUGCCCGCAUCCUGCCCGGGGAGAAGGUCCUGCGCCUGCACUACGCCAACUGCAAGGCCUACAAUGCCGACUUUGAUGGCGACGAGAUGAACGCCCACUUCCCCCAGAGUGAGCUGGGCCGUGCCGAGGCCUACACACUGGUUAGCACCGACCAGCAGUACCUGGUGCCCAAGGACGGGAAGCCCCUGGCUGGGCUGAUCCAGGACCACAUGGUGGCCGGCACCAGCAUGACGGUGCGAGGCUGCUUCUUCACCCGUGACCAGUACACUGAGCUGGUGUACCGUGGCCUCACCGACAAGAGGGGCCGGGUCACACUGCUCCCACCUGCCCUCCUCAAGCCCUGUCCACUCUGGACAGGCAAACAGGUGGUGUCCACGUUGCUGCUGAACGUGAUUCCCAAAAACCACCUCCCCCUCAACUUGACGGGCAAAGCCAAGAUCCCCAGCAAAGCCUGGGUGAAAGAUCCACCCCGCCCAGUACCGGGGUACCAGCCCGAAUCCAUGUGUGAGUCCCAGAUCAUCAUGCGGCAGGGUGAGCUGCUGGUGGGGGUUCUGGAUAAGGCGCAGUAUGGCAGCUCGGCCUACGGGCUGGUUCACUGCUGCUAUGAGCUGUACGGAGGAGAGACCAGUGGGAAUCUGCUCAGCUGCCUGGCACGUGUCUUUACCGCCUACCUGCAGCUGUACCGUGGGUUCACUCUGGGUGUGGAAGACAUUCUGGUCAAACCAGGAGCUAACAGGAAGAGAAAGAAAAUCAUUCUGGAGUCGACCAAGUGUGGGGCGAAGGCCCUGCGAGCGGCCUUCAACCUCCCCUCCAUGGCCUCAAAGAGUGAGGGGUGCAGCCGCUGGCAGGACGCCCACCUUAACCCUGACCAGCGUGACUUCAACACGGUGGACCUCAAGUUCAAGGAGGAGGCCAACCUGGUCAACAAUGACAUCAACAAGGUGUGCAUGCCGUUGGGGCUACACCGCAAUUUCCCAGAGAACAACCUCCAGCUGAUGGUGCAGUCUGGGGCCAAGGGCUCCACUGUCAACACCAUGCAGAUCUCCUGCCUGCUGGGUCAGAUUGAGCUGGAGGGCCGGCGCCCUCCCCUGAUGCCUUCUGGGAAAUCCCUGCCGUGCUUCCAGCCCUAUGACGUGUCACCCCGUUCAGGAGGGUUUGUCUCGGGCAGGUUCCUGACGGGCAUCAAGCCCUCGGAGUUCUUCUUCCACUGCAUGGCUGGGCGGGAAGGCCUGGUGGACACUGCUGUGAAGACGAGUCGAUCAGGGUACCUGCAGAGAUGUGUGAUUAAGCACCUGGAGGGCCUGGUGGUUCAGUAUGACCUGACAGUGCGGGACAGUGACGGCAGUGUGGUUCAGUUCCUGUAUGGGGAGGAUGGCCUGGACAUCCCCAAAACCCAGUUCCUUCAGCCCCGCCAGUUCCCCUUCAUCCAGGACAACUACGAGGUCAUCAGUAGGUCGCAGUGCCUGGAUGAGGUCCUGCAGCGGAUGGAGCCCGAGGCGGCAGCCAAACACUUCAGAGCCAUCAAGAAGUGGAGGGCGCGGAGGGGCGCAGCCUCGCCCAGGGAGGGGGCGUUCCUCCUCUUCUCCCAGAAGAAGCUGGCAAAACUGCAGGCACAGGGCGAGCUCCAGGAACUGGCUGGGGGGAGGAACAGAGCCAUGCUGGAGCUGGUGGAGAGGUGGCAUUUGCUAGAUGAGGCUAACCGCAGCAAGUACAUGAGGAAGACCUCCCGCUGCCCCGAUCCCUGCCUGGCCCUCCUGCGCCCAGACAUCUUCUUCGGCUCGGUCUCUGAGACUUUCGACUCCAUCAUGGAGUCCUACCUCUCUGAGUGUCAGACCAGGCCCGGCACUGGGGGAGUCAGCCAGGACCCGGAAACGGACAGGCUGCGGGCCCUGCUGCAGCUGAAGUGGCAGCGGGCUCUGUGUGACCCAGGUGAGGCUGUGGGGCUGCUGGCAGCCCAGAGUAUCGGGGAGCCCUCCACCCAGAUGACCCUGAACACCUUCCACUUCGCAGGCAGGGGGGAGAUGAAUGUCACGCUGGGAAUCCCCAGGCUUAGAGAGAUCCUGAUGAUUGCCAGCUCCAACAUAAAGACCCCCAUGAUGAGCAUCCCUGUGCUCAACACUAAGGGAGCUUUGAAGAAGGUCAAGACCCUCCGCAGGAGACUGACACGCGUGUGCCUGGAAGAGGUGUUGCAAAGGUUAGAUGUGCAAGAAAUUCUUCGAGUUGAAGGUGGACGACAGAAGAGCCGUGUCUUCAAGCUCACCUUCCACUUCCUGCCUCCAGAGUGCUACCAGGAAGACAAGCUGAUCUCCCCACAGCAAAUCCUGCACUACAUGGAAACCAGGUUCUUCCGCCUCCUGCUGGAAGCCAUAAAGAAGCGCAGUGCCAAGCUGGCAUCCAUCAGCGCAGUCGACUCAAGGAAAGCCACUCAGAGGGACAGUGAUCGGGACACAGGGGACGGCCAGGGUGCUCUGGAUAUCAGUGAGACAGAAGUCGAGGCAGAGGAAGGAGGCCAGAUUGUGGAUGGUGAGGCAGAUGAAGGAGAUGCCGAUGCCUCCGAUGCCAAACGGAGAGAGAAGCAAGAGGAGGAGGUGGACUAUGAGAGCGAAGAGGGGGAGGAUGCAGACGAGAGGGAAGAGCUAUCAGAGGAGAAAGAGGACACACCCCCUCUGGAAGAGGAGGAGGAGGAGGAGGAGGAGAAGGAGGAGCCAGCAAGAGAGGAGCACACCCUGUCCCGCCCUGCAGCUGCCUGUCCGGAGCCUGAGGCCCGGGGCUCCCAGGACACGCUGAGAGUCAACGCCGUCCUAGACAUCAACUCAGCCAUCGAGAGUUACGCAUUUGACAGCCAGGACGGCCUGUGGUGUGAGGUGACAAUAGCCCUGCCUGUCAGUAAGGUGCACUUUGACUUGACAUCGCUGGUGGCAGCUCAGACACGGAGUGCGGUCGUGCAUGAGACCAAAGGAAUCACUCGCUGCCUGCUGAGCGAGGUUACCACACCCCAAGGCGGGAAGGAGCUGAUGCUGAACACGGAGGGCAUCAACCUACAGGAGCUCUUCAAGUACAGCGAGAUUCUGGAUGUUAAUCGGCUGUACUCCAACGAGGUCCAUGCCAUGGCCAACACGUAUGGCAUCGAGGUGGCACUGAGGGUCAUUGAGAAGGAGAUCAAAGACGUGUUCGCUGUUUAUGGUAUUGAGGUUGACCCUCGUCAUCUGUCCCUGGUUGCCGACUACAUGUGCUUUGAGGGGACAUACAAGCCACUGAAUCGCUUUGCCAUCCAGUCCAACUCCUCCCCUCUGCAGCAGAUGACAUUUGAAACAAGCUACAAGUUCCUGAAGCAAGCCACCAUGCUGGGGUCCUAUGAUAGCCUGUCAUCUCCCUCUGCACGCCUGGUGGUCGGGAAGGUGGUGAAGGGGGGAACUGGCCUGUUCGACCUGAAGCAGCCGCUGCAGUAGUGUGUCUAUAUUUAACACCAUUCAGCCAUGCCCCCAGCCAAACACACCCCUCUAUGCACGCCAUCCCCUGUGCUCAGAUCAAAGUGCCUUUACCUUCAUGCCCCAGCAUGGAUAUGUGAAAAUAAACAGGGCACAAGUCAAAUCCCUUUGUUGCUGUAUUCUAUA